AUAAGCCUGCAUGCUAACACAAUCCUUUUUACCCUACAGACAGUACAUCUAAAGUCUAUCCAUCUUUGAAACUGCAUUACUUCAGUUUCUUGAAAAUAAACCAUAAUUUUUCUCUGAGCUUUUGGAAUUAAUGCACAGAAAACUAUAUUGAACACAGAUACACAUUCAGCAAAACGUUACAAGAAUCAUUCUCCUUGGUUCUUUCAGCAAAACUCAAGUCUGAGCUCCUGAAAUGAAGACUUCACAGAAAUUUUAUCUCUUCUGUUUUUUUAUGCCCUUGGUGAAGUUAGCACCACCUAAUCAACAACACUCAACUCUAUUUCAUGAAACAUUCCAGCAAGGUUAUGAAGAUGCAUUAUUUCAGGAAGACUAUGAAGACUAUCCACAGGACGGGGUAAAAAAUAAGGAAGACAAUACUUUCAUCAUUUUCAAUGAAAAUAAGGUACAGCUGCAAAGAGAUGAUGACAAACUUGCAGAGGGAACAACAAAUUAUACAAAAUUGGCUACUUGUCUACUAUGUGUUUGUUUAAUUCGUUCAAUUUACUGUGAAGAAAUGGAUAUUGAAAGUAUCCCUGUUCUGCCAAAGGAAACAGGUUACCUUUAUGCACGAUUCAACAAAAUCAAGAAGGUGAAAGUAUCUGAUUUUGCUGAAAUUCCCACCCUAAGAAGAAUUGAUUUGACUGGAAACGCCAUUCAAGAGAUUGAAGAUGGAGCCUUUGCAAAGCUAGUUCUACUAGAAGAACUUUCAUUAGCUGAUAAUCGGAUAGCCAAGCUUCCACUUUUGCCUCCCAAACUAAUUUCAUUAAACGUAAAUAACAACAGAAUCAAAAGCAGAGGAAUUAAAGCAAAUGCUUUCAAGAAGCUGACAAGAUUGUCCUAUCUCUACUUAGCACAGAAUGCACUGGAGUCUGUUCCUCCUAAUUUGCCGGAAAGCCUACGUAUUCUGCAUCUUCAGUUCAACAACAUAACCAGCAUCACAGAUGAAACUUUCUGCAAAGGAAACAAUCAGACCCGUUACGUUCGUCAGCGCAUGGAUGAGAUCAGAAUGGAAGGCAACCCAGUCAUCUUGGGAAAGUACCCCAAUGCUUUUAUUUGCUUGAAGUCUUUGCCUGUAGGCCAAUACUUUUAGUUGCUAACCAAACUGAAACACGUAAAAAUUAGAUAAAAUUAGUGUUAUAUCACUGUUUUAAACACGUCUUUGUAUUAAUACGGUAGCCUCUCACAUAUAUUCAGAACUGUUAAUGGUAAUGAUGUAUUUAGAUCUUCCCUAAUGUGGUGAUAUUGCACCUUCUGAUUUUAAAAGGUUGAGCAUUUUUCUACUUUUAGAUAAUAGACUCAAGCAUGAAACCAGGAAAAGGCAACGACUCCUUCUGAGUAAUCAGAUUACAAAAUGAACCAAAAACUGAUUUUAAAACUGUUACCAUUAUGAAGCUAAGAAUGCCUGGUAAACCUAAAGGAAUGCAUUCUUUUAGGGGACGAGUAUGAUUUGAUUUAAUUAAGGAAGGACUGUAAAUAGACUGUACAACACUUUGGAUUUAAAGAGGAAACAGUCGUUCAGACUACAUACUGUGUGCUAAGACAUAUAGGAGCUCUUUCAAUGCCUUAAAUCCGUGUUUCUCAGGAUCACGCUAUACCUCUGGAGGGCACCCAUGUGUUCCUGAGAAAAGCCUUAGCUCAUUUAGUAAAUUGCUGAUAGGUGGUACAUAAGCAUCUUGCAUAGUUCAGACUAUCUUUUUUCCUUGAAAUGCAAGGGCUGCUCUUAAUAAAAAAUCCAAAGAAUAUGGGGCAACAGAUAGAGCAAGCCUAUUAUGCUUUCUCAGUCAGUGUAGACCCAGGUUGGAUAGGAAGGGCAAGGGGCUCUUAGACAGCUGACCAAGUGCUAGAGUUUGACACCGUUGAGAUUGCUGAAAGGUCAGACAAGGCUAUGGCUUCAUGCUGCUGGCAGGCACAGCUAUUUAUGCAAGAAAGAAGCAAUGUAAUACAGAGGGAGAUAGGCUGACAUUGCAACGUAGAUUAUUUAAACCAAACAGCCCUUCCCAAUUCAACCUCUGAUGCUGAUGAAAGAAGAUAAUAUCAUUUAAAAUAUAUUAGCAAUCUAUUCUAAUCUUAUUGGCAAAUGUUAUUCAUUAGCCUGGCAAAAUAACAACCGCAAAUGAAAUUAAAAAAAAAAAAACUAAUCGUGCUGUUUCAGCCUGAUCUCUGCAUUGCAAACUUUUGAAAUAAAACUAUUCAGUGUAGAAAAAUGAAACGUGUUCCAGUUUAAAUUUUACUAAUAUAUUUUAAGGAUAUAAAAAAAGUGACCCAAGCUUAUUAAAAACUUUUAACACACUUAUCAAAAUGAAAGGGGAAAAAAACCACCAAUCAAUUUAUGUUAUAGCAUGGAGGAUUUUGCUUAAAUGUUAGCCUGCCUGCAAGUCUAUUUGUGGAUCCCAGAAUAGGGCCUUUUGUGUGCAUUGGGGGUGAGUACAAAAGUUUAAAAAAGUAAAAUAGAUGCCUUAAAUCUUGAGGAUUACACACUCCUAAACUUUAGUGAGUUUGUGAAAUUUGCCUCCAAUCAACCAACCAACCGAUGUGGCAUAGUAUUUACAUUAUAAAUAAAUAACAUUUUUAAAGUCUUUGUUGUAUUUAAAGCAUAUUCACUUAACCAAUAUCACAAUUUUGGUGUGAUAACUGAAUUGUAAUCAGCUGAAUUAAUUCAUAAAAGUCAGCUUAGUUGAUUUCAACACAGCAAUCAUACAAUUUGUAUGCAUGUAUCAGAUGAAGGUGUUUUUUUUUCCAGAAAUACCAGCAAUAAGUGUUAUUUGUACUCAUUCUCAUUCUUUGCAUAUGUUUAAGACAGAUAUAUUAUUUCUGAUUUAAUUAUUCACCAGUAUUGAAGACUAUUUUACAGCCACGAGCCUUUGCUGUAU